AUGGAUCCUUUGCAAAUUGAAGGAGUCGAAAAUCUACUCUCAACUCUUGACAAUUUUCUGGAUAAUACAUCUAUAACAUCUCUUAAUAAUGAUGAAAGUUUUGUGCGGUUAUAUAAAUGUGCAGUGCUGCAAUCAAUAGAUAUUAUACGUGCUAAUUCAUCUUAUAAUAAUGCUUUAUGGUUCAGCAAUAUUGCUAUUGCGAUGGACGCAAAGGAAGCUAUUAAUUAUACUACAAAUCAAGGGAUAU